GAGUGCUUAUCACUCCAUCCGGCGACCGCCAUACGUCGUAGAUAAUGCCGAAACAGCCGUUGAUGUUUGAUAUCUCAAAUUUACCUCCACGAGACAGGUUAUUAUUAUAAGGUUUAUUCUGAGGUCUGAGUCUCAUGGCAAGUAUACGUGUACUAUAUAUAAGUAUAUUAUAUACUUAGCCAUGACGAGACUAUAGCCGCCAUGACAACAAAAACAACGCUUGCAACAGCGUGUAUGAUAUUCCGAAAUGUCGAGUAGCGAUUGUUGGUUAGUUUGUAGUGAGUUUUGGUCAACCGUUUUCUGAGAACUGUAAUUUGUAUUGCUCUGUUCCUUAUUUCUAAUUGACUCCUCAUAAAUUAAUUACUUUAUCGUGGUAUCGCCUAACACUUAACACAAAGUUAGGCAAACCACGAUUUUGAAUUUUCAAUACAUAAAACUCGUUCGUUGUUCAAGCAGUAAGAUUUCAGUCGAGCAGCUGUAUCAACCAGACUCCAGUGUAAAGAGACUCAGGAAUAACUGCAUAACUGUUAUGUGGUUACGUUGUUAUUACAAGGCAAACAUUCUAUUAAGAGUCGUCCAUUUCUCUGUUUAAGGUCUGUUAAUAUACCUCUCUACCAUUUACCAUCAUGUCUGAUGAUCUAUCCAGAAACUCUAAUGUCGAUUAUCCAAGUACUUCGGGCGUCAAUGCUCGUUAUUCCAACUCGCCUGAAACAACCAGUUCAAUCAUCCUACAAGACUUCAAAAAUAAGAAAAUCCAAAAAACUACAAGUUCAAAUUUAGAAACUGAUUCUAAUUUAUCAAAAAAUAAAGCCACCAGCAGUUUUAAAGAAAAACUUGAUGCUUUUGAUGCUGCUAUAUUGAGUGCUGACAACUUUUUAAAAUCUUUUAAUAAGUAUCCAAAUAAUGAUAAAGCCAUGUCAGAAGUUGUUGAUAAUGUUGAUAGUAAUAAGAAUGAAAAAUCAAGAGCUGAAAACAAUUCAAGUAGUAGUGGCAGUAAUAGUAGUAGUAGAUGUAGCAUAGAAACUGAUGAAGAUAUUUCUAGGGAUAACUUUGAUCAAAACUCUAAUGAUUUUACUUCAAAAACUAAUUUAAUGGCUUCAACUUCCAAAAUGAAAACUUUAUCCAAAAGUUUACUACAUUCUAAUUCUGACCGAGGUCAUAAACGUUCUCAUCAAUCUGAUUCAGAAUCAGAAUGUGAAGAUACUGCAAUUAUAAUAGUUCCAUCUGUUGAAGAAAUUGUUGAUCCAUCAUAUAGUUACAUAGUUUCUGAUGAUAAAAUACAAAAUUUUAUAACAAAUGGAAAAAUGAUUGGAGAUGAUAAUAUUGUAGAUGCCUAUGAUCCAACAGAAAUAGAUGAAAUUAUAAAUGAUGAAAUUAUUUUAGGUACACGUUUCUAUUUAGUAAAGUGGAAAAAUUGGUCCAAGGGAUUUAAUACAUGGGAACGUUAUGGUUCUUUAUAUAAGUCUCAAAAAAUCUUACUUAAAUAUAUUGAAAAUAAAAAUAAACGUGUAGAUGGUUAUUUAAAUCCCAUAGAUGGAACGCUACUUAUGAUGUCUAGAAAAAUGAUUACUACACUAUUUGAAACAUUCAAAACUGAGUCUGGUAUAUCUCUGCCAACACUUUUACCUGAAGAUAUAAGUGGUUUAUAUAAUAGUCUUGAUGUCGGUACUAUGAACUCACAAAAAUAUAAAAAUCGAUCAUUACAAUAUUUUUUACCUACAAUUGUUUUGGGUUAUUUAAGGCAACGACAGUUAUUUAAUCUUAAACAGUGGGAAAUUGAAAUUAAUGUAGUGACUCAAGAUAAUGAAAUUAAAGUAGAAAAUAACAUGGAUCUUGAAGGACCACCAGAUUCAUUCGUUUACAUUUCUGAGUAUGUUCCUCAAGCUGACAUUAUUAUAUCAGAUGAUCCUCCCAUUGGUUGCCAUUGUAAAAAAAAUUGUAAAAUUCCUGAAAGUUGUUGUUACGAAAUGACUGGUUGUUUAAAGGCUUAUGAUAAAAAUAAGAAUAUUGUUGUAAAUCCGGGUCACCCCGUGUAUGAAUGUAAUAAAAAAUGUAAAUGCUCAUCUGCUUGCACUAAUAGGGUAGUUCAACUUGGUAGCAAAGUAAAUGUUUGUAUUUAUAAGACAAGAAGAACUGGCUGGGGUGUUAAAUCUACCCAAAACAUUCAGAAAGGUCAAUUUGUAGCUAGAUAUAUUGGUGAAAUUAUUACAGUUGAAGAAUCUGAAGAUCGCUUAAGAGAUGGCUUGUCUAGUAUUGACUAUACGUGGAACUUGGAUUUUAAUGAUCCACAGAAUUAUAAAUAUAUCAUUGAUGGUACACACUUUGCCAAUUUCACACGUUUUAUAAAUCAUUCAUGUAGUUCAAACCUAAACGUUUAUGCUGUAUGGAUUAAUUGCCUUGAUAGAAAUCUUCCACAGUUAGCAUUAUUUGCUAAUAGAGACAUUGUGGCUGGUGAACAACUCACUACUAAUUACUUUUCUAGAAUUGAUAAAAAUACUUUGAAAAAAUCUGGCAUUAGAUGUCGAUGUGACAUGAAAAACUGUAAUGGCUAUUAUUUUUAAAAAUAAAAAAUUGACAUUUUUAUUAUUAAUUAAUUGAUUUUAUUUAACUUAUUCUGUAUACUUAAGUUAAGUUAUAAACUAUGAAUUAAAUUGUACUUUUAUACUAGUUAUAUUUUACAAAUUUAAGUAUAUUAUUUAAUGUAAUUUAUUACUAUUCUAUAUUAUAUAACUAUUUAGUAUAUUGUAUUAAUUAUUUAAGAGAACUUAAAAAAAAAAUGUAAUAUAUUUAAUCUUAUUUUGUUCAAAGUGGAAGUUUAAAAUAAUUUAUUCAAAUUCUUCUAUUAUUUAAAAACACGUGCAUUCAUUAAAUUAAUACUUUUUUAAUUUUAUACAAUUAUAAAAUAAGUUGUUUGUAUUUUUUUUUGUUUCUAUACAUUUUAUAAUAAAUAAAAACUUUGAUUCUCAACUCGCAGGGUGGUUUCUGGAAGUUAUAGCAAAAGACCAAAGUUAUUUAAAUUGAAAAUACCAGAAUUUUUUUACUUAAACUAGUUUUCGACAAAUUCUAUUUUGAUUUUUUUUUUAAUUCAAAAAGAUAUAAUAUGUAGGUAUUAUAAUUUUCUAGACCAGAUGCAAUUUUUUUUAAAGAUUUUUGCUGGAUCAGUUAUAUAUAAUAAAAUAAUUUUAUCAAUAUUGGCUAACAGACUGUUUUCACUCAAAAUUGUUUUUCAAAUCUAAUGAUUUAUUAUUAAUUUGAAAUUCAAUUCAUCAUUACAGUGAUUUACUUAAAUAUAACACCUAUUGAACAGCAAUAUGGUUAUCUAGGUAUGCUUUUCUAUUUUUUAUCAUAAUUUUUGUAUACCUUAUACCAGGCGUGCCUAACAUUUUUCAAUUUGUGGGUCGUAUUCACAAUUUAAUUUAUAUUUAUAUUGCAGGCCGUAUAUACUGGUUCAUUUUGAUAAAAUAUACAAUAGAUAAUAUAUUAUAUCAUGUAAUAUUGUCAUUAUUAUCUUUGAUCAUUAAUUGAAUUUAUGACUGUUUUUAAAAUACUGAAUAUGUCUAAGCUAGUCGCUAGUUUGUUUUCGUCAUUCAAAACUACAGGUUUGCAGUUAUUGUAAGCAAAAAAUUAUAAAUACAAAUUUAAUUACUAAAAUGCCUCAAAAUAAAAUUUAUAUUGAAUGAAAUUGGUUAAAGAAAAAAAGCCCAAAUUUCACAUUAAUUUAUUUUUAUUACAUAUUCUAAAAUAUAACAAUUAUAAGAAUUGUAAGAUUUUUUAAUUUUAUAAAAUGGCCAUUGCCAGUUAAAAUACUUCUGUGGGCCACAAGUUGGUCUUAAACUAUUGUCAAUAAAUAAUUGCAUUUAUAUUCAUGGACGUUCUCGCGGGAGGAUGAUAUGGGGGAUAGAUCCCCUCCAAGGUUCUUUAUUUUCUUACAUAUUAGUAGUACACAUUUUGUCUACUUUUGGUAACCCUUACGGCUUAUUAUGUAACCAUUUUUUUCAUACCCCUCCAUUGAAAUAUCCUGAGAAUGCCUCUGUAGUCUGUUUAUAUUUAUUAUAAUUUAAAUAAAACAACUAACAAGGUAAAUAUUGAUUGUUGGUGAAUUAAUUUGAUUUAUAAAUUUAUUGACUCUGCAUAUAAAGAAUCUUUAUACAUCAAAUACAUGUGUUUGUUUUAUUUUUGGAGUUACUUGGUAUAGUACCUAUACUUCAAGUCUACAACCAUUAUACACCUCGUAAAUUAACAAAAAAUAAUUAGGCUAUUGGACCAAUAAGUUUAGUUCUUAAAUAAAUUAAUAAAAAUAAUAUUGGUAAAACAAUAUAGCAUUACUAGAUUAAAGUUCCUCUCAGAAGACUUCUUACAAAUAUUACAUAACGACUGCAAUUGCAAUGCAGCAAUUCUUACAAAACUUUAAUUUGCUAUCUGACAGAGAAAAUAAAAUAAUCUUAACUCUACAACUGUCAUAAAGAAUAAUAAUAAAGGACUAAAGGAGUUUAAUUUUCUAACAUAAUUUAUAGAAUUGCAUAAUCUUUUAGAAAAAUUUGAAUCUGUUCACCAAAUCUAUCCAGAAGAAAUUUAUAGCAAAGAAUGCAAUGACAGUUUAAAAUAUCAAAAAUUGAUUUCUACACAUUUAGUCUUUAGAUACUCAUUAUUCAAUGAAUAACAUCCAAGAAUUUCCAAAUAAACUUGUAAGAUCCAAAUUAAAAUAAAUAUUAAACAUCGUAGAUUACAGAAAGGAACAAAAAAUUU